AUCCAACAAAACGUGGUCUCUCCACUGCCCACCAAAGCUCUCGCACCCUAUCCAUCUAUCCUCUCCCCCAUCAUUAACCCCGACAGAGCCAACUCCGAAAGCUGAAAAUCACAAGUGGCUCCAAUUUUUCUGCGCAGAAGAACGCAGUAUAGGAAGUUAUGGCGCAGUCCAUGCUAAUGUCUAGCUUCGGCGGCCACCUUGUGGACUGCAACAGAGACCCAUUGCUUAGAACUCAAAUCCGCCGACUUCGCCCUUCACCUCUCUCUCAUCUCUUCCUUUCUCGGCCUUCUCCCUCGCAAUCCACUUCACCUUCUUCCUAUGCUCCUCCUCUUGCCGUCUUCAAGUCCAAAACUAAGGCUCCUUCUAGGAAGGUAGAGAAGGAUAGGCCGAAGGUGGAAGAUGGCAUCUUUGGAACAUCAGGUGGUAUUGGUUUUACCAAGGCAAAUGAGCUAUUUGUUGGCCGAGUUGCCAUGCUUGGUUUUGCAGCAUCUCUUAUAGGAGAAGGAAUCACUGGGAAGGGAAUACUGGCGCAGCUAAACUUAGAGACAGGAAUACCAAUUUAUGAGGCUGAGCCACUCCUACUUUUCUUCAUUCUCUUCACACUCCUUGGAGCAAUAGGAGCUCUUGGCGACCGUGGAAGUUUCGUUGAUGAUCCUCCCACCGGGCUUGACAAAGCUGUCAUUGCUCCAGGAAAGGGCUUUCGUUCUGCUCUUGGACUCAAGGAAGGAGGCCCCCUCUUUGGAUUCACAAAGGCGAAUGAACUCUUUGUUGGGAGAUUGGCGCAGCUGGGGAUAGUCUUCUCUCUAAUUGGCGAGAUAAUCACAGGAAAGGGAGCUCUUGCCCAGUUGAACAUUGAGACAGGAGUGCCCCUCAAUGAGCUCGAGCCACUUGUGCUCUUCAAUGUCGUUUUCUUCUUUUUCGCUGCACUGAAUCCUGGGAGUGGUAAGUUUGUCACUGAUGAGGAUGUGGAGUGAGAGGCUGAGACCUGUUAUGAUUGGGUGUAUAUCCUUACUUUGCUGGAAAAAUGAAGGUUUAUUUUCUGCAGUUAAGAGAUGUCCUUGAGAGAUAGAGUAGGAUUUCUAAGUUCUAUGUUCUUAGCAAUUCAGUAUUAUCUCUGAGUUGCAGUAUUAUCUAGAUGGAAGUGUUAUUCAGAUAAUAGAAUUAUGGAGCAAAUGUUUUGUGUUUUCUUCUUUUUUAAUUA